GGUUUCCGGCGUACAAACUGCGCAGUGAGACAGAUGAAGCCGGUGAAAUCAGUGAAACCAUUCCGCGUUCGUUGCCCUGCGAUGUGUUCUAUGUGUGUUAUGCUAUGGUUUACAUCAUCAACGACCUCAGUUUCACGGGCUAGUAUUUUCGUGAUGCAACCUUUCAGUCAGCUUUGUUAAUCAUUUAUUCUGUGCUACCAUCUGUGCUCGCCAUGCUGCCCCGACAAGCUCCGUUGGAUAUACUGGACGACUUGUGUUCUCGGUUCAUCAUCAACAUACCCGAGGAAGAGCGCAAAGACCCGAUACGCCUGUGCUUUCAAGUCGAACUCGCCUACUGGUUUUAUCUGGAUUUCUACUGCCCCGAGAACCCCGCGUAUCCCCAGUGCAACAUGAGAGAGUUCACGCAGAUGAUAUUCCAACAUGUGCCUUCACUCCAAGAACAUUUGCCGAACUUAGACGCUAUCAUCGACAGUUGGAAGGAGUACAAAAUGGCUGUGCCGACUUUUGGGGCGAUAGUACUCGACGAAACGCUCGAGCACGUCCUGCUAGUGCAGUCCUACUGGGCCAGAGCGACCUGGGGAUUUCCUAAAGGCAAGGUGAACGAGGGCGAAGAACCGCACGUCUGCGCCGCGCGCGAAGUGCUAGAGGAGACGGGCUACGACAUAACGCCGCUUCUCUCCAAAAACGAGUUCAUCGAGCGCCAGAUCCACGACCAGGUCACGCGCCUCUACAUCAUCGCCGGCGUGCCAAUGGAUACGCAGUUCAGCCCGCGCACACGAAAGGAAAUCAAAAGCAUCGAGUGGUUCGCCAUCGCUGAUCUUCCGUCUCACAAGCGCGACCAGGCGCCGCGAGCCACUCUGGGCAUGAACGCGAACGCCUUCUUCAUGGUGAUGCCCUUUGUGAAACACAUCCGCAAGUGGAUCUUCAACAGCCGCCACCGCCGAUUGCAGCAGCAGCUGAAUGAUGGCAUGCCUUCCAUCACAGACACGGAAAAGCUGAAGCAGAAGCAGCAGCAGUAUUUCGCCAGCCUGUAUCAGAACGAACUGGCCGACAUACUGCGCCAGAAGGAAUGCUCGGGCCCGGCAGCGACGAGGAAUGGCAUCGAACAAUCGCCGAGACAUCGGCGAAGUGUGGUGCCGUUGUUCAGUGCGUUGUCCUGGACGAGGUUCUCUCUGGACAGGAGCUCUCUUGCAGCAUGUUUUUGCGCAUGAGUCUUCCUUUGCGUGGGUCAAUUCGAUUUUGUCUGCACUGGCUGCACUAGAUGCCUGUGGUGACUGGCAGUGUUGCACUCGGGCGAUACGAGUCUAGCAUUGUCGUCACUGCUGUGUCUUCAACCUUAAAAUUUUACAGAAUACCGAGAUCAUGAAAAUAUUUUUUUUUCUUUUCUUGUAAGUGUCCUCAAUCAUUACCGAAGUAAACGAAAGCAGUCGAUAGGUUGCACAUGUGACUUCUGCCCCUGCAUCUGACUCAUGUGGUGCAUUAUCAAACUGUGAGGAUAACUAAACUUUUUUGUAGUUCUUGUGUUUUGAAAGAGCUUGCCAUCAUUUGUACAAAUCCUACAGCGGUCUUACAAGGAAGGUAGAGUCAAGUGAUUUCUACACAGGGUGCACACAAAGGACAAUGGAAAAUGCACACAGUUAAACAUUUAAAGCAAUUGCAUUAAAUUCAUGUGAGCUAAAUGACAAAGGUACUGAAGAAUGCUAGUAAACUUUCCUUAUUCAUUCAUGUAUGCAUUACUUAGCUUUACAUUGAACUUUUUUAUGCCAAAUGCUACUUUGGCAAAGUUCAACCGUCUGAUUCGAGUUGAAGCUUGGUUCACCUCCUCCUUUCUCUCUUUUUGAUUGACUUGUGCAGUGUUCUGAGAACACCUUCACUUGUUUAUGCGCAUCUGUAGGUUUUGUGCCUGCAGUGUGCAAACACCACUUUUCAUCAGUAAGGCCUUUACUUCUUUUGGCGGCAUUCACAUUGGGGAUUGACAGAGGUCACACGACCAGUCGCGACUUUCAGCUAAGGAGUUGCUCAAAGUGAUCAAUGUUCACACUGGCGAGCAUGUCCUUCCUGUCACUAUGCCAAAAUGUCUUGAAAUUAGUGCAGUUGAUGCACAAGGUGUGCAUGUCUGCUUGCACUGCCAACACAAAAUAAAUUUCAGCAUAUUCUAA